ACGGUGGCGGCGUUGUGCGAACACACCACACACCAACAAUAACAACCCUCUCCCUCCUCCCCCUUCCCCCCCCCCCACACACACACGUCAACCGGUGCAGGAUGAUGCUGGGGCGGCGCAUCACUGGGAUGAUUGGCGCAGUGCUGCUGGUGUCGCUGCUGGUGAAUGGGCUCAUGUAUGCGCGGCACUGGCAGUCCACGACCGCGUCGCCAGUUCACGAGAGCGCCCUUGAGCAUGCACGACGGCAAGCUGAGGAGCAGCAGGAUCGUGCACAGGACGCGCUCCUGGCAAAAGCCGACCUGGAGAAGAAGCACGAGGACGCGCUCAAGGCGCUCGAGGCCGAACGCCAACGCCACGAGAACGAGAUCCAGCAGCUCAAGGACAAAAUUGAACACAUCCACGACAACCACGACCAACAACAGCAGCAACGCGACAAUGAUGAGCAGCAACACAACAACAACCAGCAGCAGCACCACAACAACAACAACUACCAACAACAGCAGCAGCAGCAGCAGCAGCAGCAGCAGCAGCAGCAGGACCAGAGCAACGAGGAAAGGCACAGUGAGAACGAGAAAAGACACAGUGAGAACGACAACUUGCCAGGCGCCGUGCGCAGGGUGUUUGACGAUCGGGCGGGAACAUGCAAAGCAGAGACCAAGAUUGUGUACGUCAAGACACACAAGACCGGGUCCAGCACGCUCACCAACAUCUUCCACCGCUUUGCGUAUAAGCACAGCCUCAAGGUGGUGCUGCCCAAGAGCAACGUCUUCCUCGGGUGGCCACGCAGCGCGGGCAUCCCCACCUCGUACGUGCCGCUGCCCGGCGCAGAGGGCAACUACGACAUCUUCUGCUCCGCACACACGCGCUACAGCCGCAAGUACAUUGAGCCCAUCGUGCCCAACGCCAAGUACAUCACCAUCUUUCGCGAGCCCACCUCACACUUCAAGUCGUCGUGGAGCUACUGGAACGUGCCCUCGCACAUCAAGCGCGUCUCCGGCAUGAGCGUGACGAUGGAGGAGUUCCUGAAGGACCCGGAGACGUGGUUCCCGCGCGGGCUCAAGGGCGACAGGGACCUGCUGCACAACAGCUUUGCCUUUGACUUUGGGUUUGAUCACACGUACACGCAGGCGGAGGUGGACAAGCUCAUCGCGCACCUGGACACGUUCGCCCUCGUGCUCAUCACGGAGUACAUGGACGAGAGCCUGGUGCUGAUGAAGCGCAAACUGUGCUGGGAGCUGGAGGACGUGGUGUACUUUGCCCUCAAGGUGAACAAGCGCAAGCCGAAGAAGUCGCUGCCCGCAGACGUGCGUGAGCGCAUCCUCAAGCUCAACUGGGUGGACGCGCAGCUGUACGACCACUUCAACAAGACGCUGUGGAGGGAGAUUGCGCAGGAGAAGAACUUUGCGGAGGAGGUGGCGGCCUUCAAGCAGCUCAAGGAGCAGCUGUCCACGCAGUGCGAGCGCUGGGCCACGUGGAACGAGGACCAGCACCGCAAAGCGCUCUUGGAGGAGGAGGGGAAGCCGCUGCCGCCCAAGCAGAAGCAGUGCCACCUGGCGCAGAUGGACAGCGUCGGCUUUGUCAAGUUUCUCAAGCAGAUUGCGGGCGUCCCCGACAAGGAGUGCAGCACGCAGGGCCAGCCCAAGAAGAAGAUUGUCUAUGUCAAGACGCACAAAACUGGCUCGAGCACGCUUACCAACCUGCUGCACCGCUACGUCCACAAGUACAACCUGCGGCCCGUCCUGCCCAAGAACGACAUCUUCCUGGGCUACCCGAACAAGGAGGCCCUCAUGUCCUCGUACGUCAAGCUGCCGCCCGUGCACGGCAAGGACGAGUACGACGUGCUGUGCAGCGCGCACUCCAUCUACGACCGCCCGCGCAUGGACAAGCUCGUGCCCAACGCCGCCUACAUCACCGUGCUGCGCGACCCGGCCACCCAGUUUCUGUCGUCGUGGAAGUACUGGCACGUGACAGACCACAUCAAGUCGCGCACGGGCAAGGACGUGACGCUGGAGGAGUUUGUGGACAACCCAAACGCGUACCGGCAGUACCUGUCCGAGGGCGACCAUCGCCUCAUCCACAACUCGAUGGCGGUGGACCUGGGCCUGUCCAGCUCGCCGACGCGGGAGGAGGUGGAGACGCUCGUGCGCGACCUCAACUACCACUUUGACAUGGUGAUCAUCACGGAGUACUUUGACGAGUCGCUCAUCAUGCUGCGGCGGCAGCUGUGCUGGGAGAAGGAGGACAUCCUGUACCUCUCGCUCAAGGUCAGCAAGCAGUCGAAGAAGGGCGGAUACGAGGUGCCGGCUGCCUUCCGCGCCAAGGUUGCGCAGUACAACUGGGCAGACGCGCGGCUGUACGACGCGCUGAACCAGACGCUGUGGUACCGCGUGCGCCACGCCAUUGGCUUCCAGCAGGAGCUCGACUGGCUGCGGCAGGAGAAGGAGCGCAUUGCGGACCUGUGCCAGCCGUUCACCACCAUGGGCGACAACAUGCACCGCAAGGCCGUCAUGGAGCACCCGGACAGCGUGGACGAGGACGAGCAGCUGUGCCACCUCAUGAUGCUCGACUCGCCAGGCUUUGUCAAGAUGCUCAAGGCAAAGUACGGCAAGGCGGACCAGGAGUGCCACAACCAGCCGCGCGAUCCACGCUCCAUCGUGCUCUCCUCCGUGCUGCGCACACCGCCGGGCCUGGCCAUUGCACGCGUGGCGCAGCGCAUGCAGCUCACGCGGCCAACGCGCACCGUCGUCGCUGCCGAGGGCGUGACCAGCAUCGGGUGGCCCGAACACGCCACGACGGAGGCCGACCUGAAGGCGCGCGUAUGGAACAGCGGGUCGCGCGGGCCGGGCACGUUUGUCGGCGUGGAUGUGCCGCUGAACAAGAAGCUGCUUGCCUCUGUUGUGCACAACCCGUACAUUGUGAUUGUGGUGGCCAACCCCACGGUGACGCUGGCGACGGUGUGGGACGAGCUGGGCGCGGGCGAUGUGCUGCGCGAGGCGACUGGUGGUGAUGUGUCGUUUGCCGACUACGUGCGCAGCCCAUCGACAUAUGCCUCGCACCUCGACUCCACCACGGUGGCCCGGCUGAAGAACCCGCUGGCCCGUGCGCUCGGGUACAAUGGCGACGGCAGGCGGUCGAGCGUGAACACGUUUCUGCGCGACCUGACCAAGGAGGUGGGCACGUUUCUGAUUGGCGACCACUUUUACGAGUCUGUAGUGCACUUCCGCCGCGUGUUCUGCCUGCCGAGCGACGCGUUUGUGGUGGAGGAGCCCGAAUUGCCGCCACACGUGGAGGAGGACUGCAAGGACAGGACGGUGAUGAAGGCCGUGGAGGCGCACAGCCCUGUUGACGCAACCAUCUUCAGCACGCUCAACUCGACGUUCUUCCGACGGCUGCAACGGGAGGUGCUGCUGGAGAGCGAGAUCAGUCAGGUGAAGAAGCACACCGCGUCUUUCGAGAAGGACUGCGCAUACAUGAAGCUUGACAUUCACCAGCGACACGACGACGCCUUGAGCAUGCUGACCGGUGCUGGUGCUGCUGGUGCUGCUGGUGCUGCUGGUGGAGGUUCGAAGCCGACGACGCAGCAGAAGCGGUGUGUUGCGAUGGGGUUGAACAUGCAGGAGCUUGACGAGGCAAUCAGGAAACGGCACUAG